AUGAGAGCUCUACAGCUUGCAGCUCUUCUAUCACCGCUUGCCGGUGUAGCUCUGGCAUCUGACUGCGUACUGAGCCCUCUUGGAGAUGGCCAGGACGAUACAGACCAAGUGCUCGCAGCGAUCGACCAAUGUGGUACCGACGGAACGGUCACUUUGAAUGAGGGCGAGUUCAACAUUACCAGGAAAAUGACAUGGGAUUUGUCUCGUAGUAGGGUGGACCUUCGCGGAUGGUUGAGCUUCACCCCCGAUGUCGAAUACUGGCUUGACCCCGAGAACACAUAUCGAGUCGUGUUCAUUCAAAGUCAGGCUUCGUGGUUCGUGGUGACCGGGUCGGACUUCGUUAUCGACGCGCACAACCAAGGCGGUAUCAACGGCAAUGGACAAACCUGGUGGAACUACUUCACCAACGUCACGCGUGAAGAUGGCGAUGGCCGCCCGCUCGCGCUCACCUUGUACCAAGUCAGCAACGGCACUGUCAAGGACUUCCAUAUCCAGGCUCAGCCGUUCUGGUGCAACACUGUCGCGGAGUCUGACAACGUCGUUUACGAUGGGAUGAAGUGCAACGCGACCAACGGCAAUCCGGAGUUCUUCGGACAGAAUAUUGUGCCCAAUACGGACGGUAUCAACACAUACAGAAGUAGCAACGUCCAGCUGCUGAACUGGGACAUCACUUGUGGCGAUGAUUGUCUCGCUAUCAAAGGGAACUCGACCAACAUUCUCGCAAACAACGUUACCUGUCAUGGCGGUAAUGGAAUCGCGUUUGGCUCUCUCGGGCAAUACGUGAACAUGUCUGACAUUGUCGACAACGUUACGUUGAGCAACGUUGUGGUGGAGCGCAUCAACAAGACCCUUCAACCCAAUAUGGGUGCGGGUGUCUACCUCAAGACGUGGACCGGCACCGUCAACGGGGAGCCUCCAACCGGCGGAGGUGGUGGCUCAGGUUAUGUGUCCAACAUACGAUUCGUCAACUUCACACUGAGCGACGUCGACCUCCCCACGCACAUCUACCAGACAAAUGGCGGUCACAGUGCGGAUGAACCCUCUACGCUCCAAUUCAGCAACAUCACCUGGGAGAAUUGGACUGGCACUGCCGAUGGAGCUACUUUGGUCAACAUUGCGUGCAGUUCUGCUGUACCUUGUCCGGAUCUGACGUUCAUUAACUUCGACGUCUCUCCGCCCUCGACAGACUCGGCGAAGUACGAAUGCAGCAACGCGGUCAAUGUGACAGGUAUAUCUUGCUAG